CGGCUCUAUACUUGUUUGUGGGUUUCUUUUGGUGGGAGGAUGCUUGUCACGUACUCCUCUUAGUUCCCACUCGCUCUCGCUCUCCCCCUCUUUGAGUGAAGAAGAAGAACGAUCGGCAAAGCAAUUCUGGAAUGGAGUAGAGGGAGAAGAAACAUAAUUAGAUUAAUCUUCUCUCGCUCUCUCUCUCUCUCUCUCUCUGCUUCUUAUCCAUGGAGAAGCACGCUUGCAAGCUCUGUAGUCGAAGCUUUUCCAAUGGCAGAGCGUUAGGGGGUCACAUGCGUUCUCACGCCGUCGCAGUCGCAGCUGCCGCUUCGGCGAAAUCCCUCCUUUCUGACUACUCAUCUUCCUCAACCUCUUCUCACGAAGCAGAGGAGGGCAAAGGGCUCUCUUACGGUCUUCGAGAGAAUCCUAAAAAAAGCUUCCGCAUGGUGGAUCCGGAGUUCUCCUCUUCCGUCGUUCAAGACCGAGAAAGCGAAACGGAGUCCUCCCCGAUCACAAUCAAUCGUCGACGUAACAAGCGGCCUGCUCCAGAGCUUCCGGAAGCUGAACAGCUUAGCUCUGUCUCCGAUACGACGCCAGAGGAGGACGUUGCCAUCAGUCUAAUGUUGCUGUCUCGUGACGUUUGGAGUAAGGAUGAGGAAGACGAAGAAGGAAGAGAGCUUGUAACGAUGGUCAACUUAAAGACGAAGAGUUCGCCAGCGAAGGGGCGAAGCAGAUUCCAGUGUGGCACUUGCAAGAAGGUAUUCCGAUCGUAUCAAGCUCUUGGCGGGCACCGCGCGAGCCACAAGAAGUCACGGAGCUGCUUCCCGCCGGCCAAUAUUGAAGGAUCGACGGAAGCCAUUGCCGACGGCGAGGGUAAAAGCGUUCAUGUUUGCCCAAUCUGCUUCCGAGAGUUCGACAGCGGGCAAGCUCUCGGAGGGCACAAAAGAUCUCAUCUUUUGUCCUCGACUGCAAAUAUUACCAUCAUAUCACCGCCGCCCGUUGCUAAGCUUAACGAAAGCUUAUUCGAUCUCAACCUCCCCGCACCAUUGGAUGAUGUUGCAGAGCUCUCCGCCAUCUCCGAAGCAGGGUUCAUGACUUCCAGUCCUGUUUGAACAGAAGUAACCGAUUCCGUUCGCCUUUCUCGAGGUAAGAAUCCAUAACUGUAACUGACUCUGAAAACAAUGAAAUCGUUCUGAAAAGAAUUCAUCUGGAAAGCUGCUGAUUUUGUUAGUUUGUGUGUAUCCAAAGCUUCUACUCACUCUGCUUGGAUGUCAUCGGUUACAAUUUCUUUUUUUUUUUUUUUAUUUUGGUUGUCUUCAAGUUCACUUUUUUAUUAUAGAAUCGUUUUUGGGUUCUUAAGUUACCUUUGCCCACUGAACCUGUUGGAACAGCUAUAGGAUGUAUUAAAUAAAAAUCUUUAAAAAAAUCUGGCGUUCUGCUUCGCAGACCUUAAUUAAUUGCUUAGUUUUCUAUUUAAAAGCAUAAAAAUUGAAUCUUUCGAGCAUUUCUUCAUUGCUUUCAUGAUUUCACAGU